CGCAACGCGAAGCCUCUCCUGGUCUCGUCAGUCGUCACUCAACUUCCUUCACCCUUGCUCCAGCAGGCCGUCUUCGGGCACCCGCACAGCGACGGCCGUUCAGCAUGGUGGCAGCGUCCGUGGCCGAGCGGGCCUACGAGGUGGCGACGCGGUCCGCGCUGGUGGCGCUGGAGCGCAACCUCAUCCCGGACGCCGUGACCCGGCGGCUUACGCGGCUCCUGCUCGCGCAGCGCCUCCGCCGGGGCUACCUCCCCUCCGCGCCGCUCCAGCUGCAGCAGCUCCUCCAGUUCGUCCGCUCCCUUGAAGAGAUGCCCAUUGCCAUUGAAACAGACAAAGCUAAAGCCCAACAUUAUGAGUUGCCAACUGCAUUUUUCAAGUUAGUGCUUGGAAGGAAUCUCAAAUACAGUUCCUGCUACUUCCCUGAUGAUUCAAGCACCCUAGAAGAUGCUGAGGUUGCAAUGAUGGAUCUGUAUUGUGAGAGGUCAAAACUACAAGAUGGCCAAAGCAUCCUAGAUGUUGGAUGUGGAUGGGGAUCCCUUUCACUGUACAUUGCAAAGAAAUAUAGGAGCUGCAGUGUAACAGGGAUAUGCAACUCUACUACACAAAAGGCUUUUAUAGAAGAGCAAUGUAGGGAAAAUGAGUUGUCAAAUGUUGAGAUAAUUGUAGCAGACAUCAGCAAGUUUGAGAUGGAGCGCUCUUUUGACAGGAUCAUAUCUAUAGAGAUGUUUGAGCACAUGAAAAACUACAAGUCGCUUCUUAAGAAGAUAUCCAGGUGGAUGAAAGAGGACGGCCUACUAUUUGUUCACUUCUUCUGCCACAAAACAUUUCCAUAUCAUUUUGAGGAUAAAAAUGAUGAUGAUUGGAUCACGAGGUAUUUCUUCAGUGGAGGAACAAUGCCAUCUGCAAACCUACUUCUCUACUUUCAGGAAGAUGUAUCUGUUCUCAAUCAUUGGCUUGUCAGUGGCACGCAUUAUGCGAGAACUAGCGAGGAGUGGUUAAAACGUAUGAACAAGAGUAUCACUUCAAUAAGGUCGAUCUUCGAGAAAACUUAUGGGAAGGAAUCAACUACCAAAUGGAUAGCUUAUUGGCGGACGUUCUUCAUCUCGGUAGCUGAACUUUUUGGAUACAACAAUGGAGAUGAAUGGAUGGUUGCACAUUACUUGUUCCAAAAGAAGUAGAGGUUACUGCUAGCAGUAUAGCAUAGGACCACUUGGAAGCACCCAUUCAGAAGUCAAUAUGUUUUGAGUAAUUUCGUCAAGUGCCUCGAUGAACAACUGUAUCCCAUACCAAUAAGAUACUUCGUAGUGGUUUCAAAAAUAAAAUCUGGAAUCACGUUGUGAAAUUUCAUCC